AUGAUUCCAGAAAGGUCACUCCUCUUGUUGUCCAUGCUGGCUCUGCUGGUCUUGGUGCUGAGCCAGCAUUCUUUAGCAGAGUCUCAAGAAAAAAAGUUUAAGAGGCAGCAUGUGGACUCAGGCCAAGAAGGCAAUCCUGGAAAAAAAUACUGCGACAAGAUAAUGCCGAAACGGGGCAUGACAAAAGGGAAAUGCAAGCCAGUCAAUACCUUCGUGCAUGAAUCUUACCAGACAAUCCAGGAUAUUUGCCAUGAGGCAAAUACAGCAUGUGUAAACCCAGAUAUGCACAACUGUCACAAAAGCAGUCAUCCCCUGAGAAUCACCGAAUGCCGCCUUUCAGGAGGUUCCAAGCCAGGCAAAUGCAGAUACCGGGUGAAAAGUGCUAAGAAACAUGUCAUUGUGGCCUGUGGAGGGAACCCCUUGAAACCAAUACACCUUGAUGCCACCAAAUAG